AUGGAGCAUUCGCUAGGCCCUGCCUGUCGCCUUCGACCAACCCCGGACACGGACGCGGACGUCGACGCGGAUAAGGAAGAUGGAUUCCCAUCUGUCAAAGCUCAGUUCUUUUACACGGCCGUAUAUCCCAUCGAUGAUCCGCUGUCUGGCACUGCUCCCUCCAGCAGCGCGGAUUCUAAACCUUCGAAAGGACCGCUUCGCCCAUUCUCUCAAGACGAUAAUGACAUGCUACAACAGGCCUGGCUUGGCCUCAUGUCAGAGAGCCUCCGUUCACAACACGAAGCCAUCAGAAACGGCCGAGAGCCUGACCCGUACGCUGCGAAAUCUGACAUGGAGAGGCGCGACCAAAUCAUCCAGGAGCUAGCCUCGAAGCAUAUACACAUCCAUAGUGAUAACCAGACGCGGGGAUCAACGACUCAAGCCGCCGAGGCGCUUCCGGAAACUCUACUCACCGCCUGUUGCCCUCAACUUGCCGUCGACGCCCUAGCAGAGCUUGAUACGGCAUUUUGUGCUUUGGUGAGGAAGACGAACCCGCUAUUCGAUGUCGAUGAGGUGGUAAAAGAUGUGAUUUCCGUCAUGAACCAACCCCACGAACUUCGGAGUAUCUCAACCAGCCGUCGGCAUGUACCAAUACGGCACCCUUUGUUAACUCGGGAGAGACACGGCGGCAUCCCUUCUGACCGCAUUUCUCCCUCAGAUGAUGCUACAUCAUCUCUUCAUGGUACUCCCGAGACUCGGAUUCGCCGCGAACGUAGGACCACUGGAUAUGUUACUGCUAGUGACGAUGGGAUUUCUGGUAGACCGUUUGUGCGGGUAUUGAGUAGUGAACACACCCAGCAGACGACAACGGCAAAACAACAACGUAGCGAUGAGCCGGCCAUAGAAACCCCGCAGAUCGAUGAUAAAAAUCCCGAGGCGAACGAUGAAAUCCCACCAGAACAGUCAACUGGGAUAGAGAACGCUGUUCCGAAUCCCGAGGACGAGGAUAGGGAUGUCGUAGUUGGACUGGCCCGAUUACACAAGGUGUCGUUGCAAACGCUGCAGAUGAAACCCAUAUACUGGUCCCCCGUUAACGAUAUUGCCAUUGUGACGAGGGGUACCUGGUUUUACAAAGAUACGAUGCUGCCAGUCCCGCCGGUUGUAGCUAAUCAGCUGGAAGCUGGGUAUCAGGAACUGCGCCCUUGGUCCGAAACUUGGCGUGAUGAAAUACGAUGUGCUAUUGAAGUUGGGGCUUCUGGAGAAGAAAAGGUUUCUCAUCGACUUUGGCCGAUGGAAGGCGAUGGAGCAUAUCGAAAUACCCCUGUACCAGACGAGCCUGUGAUUUCUGCGCAUCCUUUCUGUUCCGCAUAUUGCUUUCAGGGCGAAGCUGCCACAGAAGGCCAUCUUGAGCCGCCCCAAGCAGACAACGGCACUUCCGAAAACAUCCAGCAACGCGCCUAUUCUAGCUACAAUGUCAUAUACAAAGAUCGAACAAAUGCCUUUCUAUUGAAGCCAAGCCUCCAGCCAUCUGCAUAUCACGGUAGACGGCCCAUCCAAAAGAUUAUGAAGGGAACGAACGUUGGCAUUCCCGUUGUUCGGGGCUUCGAUAGACUGAGUUGGGAGCGUAUGCAUCGGGGGAAAAAAUCACAGCCCACAAGAUCUGCGUCACAUGGCGCCUCCAGCAACGGCUCAUUAGAAACUUGUCCUGCUUGCGAAGCGGAUAAAGAUCGCAGCAAGGUGACUGACUUGGUGCUCGUAGCUCACGGAAUUGGCCAAAAGAUUGCCGAGAGGGUUGAGAGUUACCACUUCACGCACGCUGUCAACGGGUUUCGGCGAUUAGUUGAUAGCGAAUUUCAGGGCCCUGUGGUGCAGGAGAUUCUACACAACAGCCAGAGCAGGCUCAUGGUUCUGCCGCUCAACUGGAGAAUAGGACUUUCCUUUGAAGACGGCGGAGCUCUUCAGACUGGAAUGGAGGCGGACAAAUCGAGUGCCGCUCAACCUUUCGGCUUGAAGGACAUUGAACCCAAUACAAUUCCCGCCAUACGGAGCAUGAUAUCCGAUGUCAUGUUUGAUAUCCCCUUCUAUAUGUCUCAUCACAAGGGAAAGAUGAUUGCCGCUUUGGUGUCGGAGGCGAAUCGAGUCUAUCGCCUUUGGUGUAGGAACAAUCCCGGGUUUGCUGAGAAUGGACGUGUUCAUCUGGUUGCACAUUCUCUCGGCAGCGUCAUGGCGGUUGAGGUUCUGUCACGACAGCCAACGAUUGCACCACAGCUAGACCUGUCUCGCCCGGAGCCGGAGACUAAGUUCUUCGAGUUUGAUACGAAGAAUCUGUUCCUGAUGGGCAGUCCUACCGGAUUCUUCUUGUUACUUGAACGAGGGGCUCUUAUACCACGCCGUGGACGCGUUAAACCAGGCGUGGAUGCGAAUGAUGCCACGGAUGAAAACAUCGGUGGUGAGGUUGGCAUGUUUGGGUGCUUGGCUGUCGAUAACAUUUAUAAUAUUCUCGCCAAGGAAGAUCCGAUUGCCUACCUGCUCAACGGCGCAGUAGACCCGGGAUAUGCAGCCAGCCUCAGAACCGCAUAUGUCCCUACCGCUUCUGCUUCGUUUCUAAAGUCCAUCCGAGAUGCGAUGCGGAGUGUUGUGGGCGCCAACCCCAGUUCAUCAGCAAACGAUGACGGUCGUCCAUCCACCGUCCGCCUGCCCUCUCAGUUGGAGCUCGAAGUUCAUGAUUUCACGAGAGAGGAAAUUGCUGAGAAAAAGGCGUUUCUUCUUAAUGACAACGGCCAGAUCGACUGGUUUCUCAGAUCUGGCGGCGGUCCGUUGGAGAUUCAGUACCUUAACAUGCUGAGCGCUCAUAGCUCCUACUGGAGUAAUACGGAUUUCAUUCGCAUGCUGUGUUUUGAGAUUGGUAGGCGGCCUGGUCGGACGAAUACAUUGCCUGCGAUGAGGGCUAUCAAGACUUCCAGGCGCCAGAUACCUACUGCUAGCUAA